UGCACACUUGGUUGGCUGGGGCAGGUGUACUUUCCUGUUCUCUGCGCAUCCCUGGAAAACAAACCAAUUUGUUGGACUUUUUUUUUUAAAGUUGAUAUAUUUAUUGGAAGCCUCUCUGUUCCCCUGGAACUUUAAAGCAAGACGGGAAAUGAGUUUCACUCGCAGCUUGGAUAAAAGCGACUGAUCCGUGCGUUUUAAACGGAGUUUUCAAUGGUUUUCACUUGGUUUCCCAUUAGUACGUGGAGCUGUACUCUCCACUACGGCGCAUCAUUAGGAUACCGGGGGUGGGGCCACAGCAGCCUGUCCCGGUGAGGGAGGAGAGAGCAGGGGACAGAGGCGGUUCUUGAUCGGUUCUUCGCUGCUCGGCGCUGGAGAGUGCGGGACCAGGGCUGGAGAGUGCGGGACCAGGGCUGGAGAAACCCCCGGGAAGCAUCAGCACAACCAGUCCAGCACGGAGCCUCGCCUGCACCGCUGCGCCCUGCACUCUUCUUGGGGACUGCACAACAUUCCUAUGAAAUAUUACUGCUUUUAAUGGCAUGUGGCUUGUAACUUUACUUCUGCUGUAUUCUUUGCAAGAAGUCAACAGUGAAGAUGUUGUCUCCACGCGGCUGUACUUUGUGAACGCCUCCCUGCAGCGGGUGACCUUCUCCAGCUCGGUGGGGGUGUCCCUGCCCUGCCCUGCGGGGGGCGCCCCCCAUGUCGUCCUGCGCUGGUACCUGGCCACUGGAGACGACAUUUACGACGUGCCCCAUAUCCGCCACGUGCAUGCCAACGGCACCCUCCAGCUGUACCCUUUCUCCCCCUCCGCAUAUAACAGCAUCAUCCACGACAAUGAGUAUUUCUGUACUGCUGAGAACCAAGCAGGCAAGAUUCGAAGUCCCAGCAUCCACAUCAAAGCAGUGUUCAGGGAGCCCUACACAGUCCGUGUGGCCGACCAGCGCUCCAUGCGGGGGAACGUUGCCGUGUUCAAGUGCCUCAUCCCUUCAGCCGUCCAGGAGUAUGUCAGCGUGGUGUCCUGGGAGAAAGACACCGUUUCCAUCGUGCCCGGUAACCGUUUUUUCCUGACCUCAUUUGGAGCUCUGUAUAUCUCAGAAGUGCAGAAGGAAGAUGCUCUUUCCACCUACCGCUGCAUCACAAAGCACAAGUACAGUGGAGAGACUCGCCAGAGCAAUGGAGCCAGGCUCUCUGUUAUGGACCCUACGGAGUCCACCCCGUCCGUGCUGGACACUUUCCAGUCUGGUGAGAUGCAGGUGGGACACAGUGUGGAGCUGCCCUGCGUCGCCUCUGGGUAUCCAAACCCCACCAUCAGGUGGUUAAAGGAUGGUCGACCGUUACCGGCGGACUCCCACUGGACACGGCGCGUCACUGGCCUUACCAUUUCUGACUUGAGACUGGAGGACAGUGGCAAUUACAUCUGUGAGGUCACCAACAGCUUUGGCUCAAAAGAGGUGACUGGUCACCUCAAUGUUAUAGAGCCACUCCGAGUAACCUUAUCUCCAAAGAACCUGAAGACAGGGAUCAGCAGUACAGUCAUCCUCUCCUGUGCAGUCCAAGGCUCCCCCCACUUUACUGUGUCAUGGUACCGCAACACAGAACCUGUCGUGCCCGAUCAGCACUUUUCCAUCCAAGGGGCUCACAACGAGACACUGUUCAUUUCUGCUGCACAAAAAAGACACUCUGGAGCCUACCAGUGUUUUGCCACGCGAAAAGGCCAGACCGCUCAGGACUUCUCCAUCAUCCUGCUUGAAGAUGGUACGCCCCGUGUUGUUGCCUCCUUCAGUGAAAGGGUGGUAGUCCCGGGUGAACCGUUUUCCUUGAUGUGUGCUGCCAAGGGAGCGCCUCCACCCACCAUCACCUGGACCCUGGAUGACGAGCCUGUGGUCCGGGAUCUGUCCCGUGUUAGAGCCAGUCAGUACAUGCUCUCUGAUGGCAGCACUGUGAGCCACGUCAACGUCAGCAGCCCCCAGAUUCAAGAUGGAGGAGUGUAUCGGUGCGCCGCACGAAACUCGGCUGGUAGUGCUGAGUACCAAGCGCGCAUAAACGUAAGAGGUGCUCCGAAGAUUCGUCCAAUGAAAAAUAUCACUGCAGUGGCAGGAAGAAACACUUUCAUAAACUGCCGUGUGAUUGGGUAUCCAUAUUACUCAAUUAAUUGGUACAAGGAAGGACUCCUGCUGCCUGACAACCAUCGCCAGGUGGUGUUUGAGAAUGGGACUCUAAAGCUCAGUGAUGUUCAGAAAGGCAUGGACGAGGGGGCCUACAUCUGCAGUGUGCUGAUUCAGCCGCAGCUGUUCAUCACGCAGACCGUUUAUGUCACUGUCAAAGUUCCCCCACUGAUCCAACCAUUUGACUUCCCGCCGACUUCCAUUGGCAAAUUGAUGUACAUCGCGUGUGUAGUGUCGUCUGGAGACAUGCCCAUACGCAUCACGUGGCGCAAGGACGGCCAGGAGAUCGUGCCCUCGUCAGGCAUUACCAUUGACACAAAGGAGUUCAUGAGCUCUCUCCAGAUCUCCAAGGUGUCACUCAAACACAACGGCAACUACACCUGCAUUGCCAGCAAUGAUGCUGCAACUGUCAGCACAGAGAGGCAGCUCACAGUUACAGUGCCUCCUCGGUUCGUUGUGCAGCCCAACAACCAGGAUGGGAUCUACGGGAAAGCGGCAAUCCUCAACUGUUCUGUUGAUGGAUACCCUCCUCCUAAGGUCAUGUGGAAGCAUGCCAAAGGUGCACUAGCGGGUAUUGGGAACCCACAGCAGUACCACCCUGUGCCUCUGACAGGCCGGAUUCAGAUCAUGAAUAACGGCUCUCUACUCAUUAGACAUGUCCUGGAAGAGGAUCGUGGUUUCUACCUCUGUCAGGCCUCCAAUGGGGUGGGCUCAGACAUCAGCAAGAGCAUGGUCCUCACAGUUAAGAUCCCAGCAAUGAUCACCAGUCACCCCAACACUACUAUGGCUAAGAAGGGUCAUGUGAAGGAGCUCAACUGCACAGCCAGGGGAGAAUGGCCCAUCAUCAUUCGCUGGGAAAGAGGCGACACGGUCAUCGACCCUGACCGCAACCCCCGCUACUCCAUAACCACUAGUCCCAAUGAAAAGACAGACGAAGUGUUGUCAACACUCAAGCUAAAGCCAGCCGAGCGCGAAGAUUCAGUCUUCUUCUCCUGUCAUGCCAUCAACUCCUACGGAGAAGGGCGAGGACUUAUCCAGCUCACUGUGCAAGAGCCUCCAGACCCCCCAGAGCUGGAGGUGCGAGAAGUGAAAGAUCGUAGCAUGAAUCUCAGGUGGACGCAAAGAUUUGAUGGAAACAGCAUAAUCACCUCCUACGAUAUUGAAUAUAAAAACAAAACAGAUACCUGGGAGCUGAAGCACGCCACUCGGAACAUCUCCCCCACCAACAAUCAGGCCAACAUAGUAGACCUUCACCCUGCCUCCGUUUACAGCAUCCGCAUGUACUCCUACAAUGCUAUAGGCAAGAGCGAGGCCAGUAAGGAGCUCACCAUCAGCACAGAGGAAGCACAGCCUGAUGGUCCUCCAAUGGAUGUGAUCCUGCAGCCGGUGACAUCUCAGAGUAUCAGAGUCACCUGGAAGGCCCCGAGGAAGGAGCUGCAGAAUGGCGUGAUUCGGGGUUACCAGAUCGGUUACAGAGAGAACGGCCCGGGCAGUAAUGGCCAGUACAGCAUUGUGGAGAUGAAGGCCACCGGAGACAGUGAAGUCUACACUCUCGACAACCUGAAAAAGUUUGCUCAGUAUGGCGUGGUUGUCCAGGCCUUCAACAGAGCUGGCACUGGACCUUCAAGCUCAGAAAUCAAUGCUACAACACUGGAAGAUGUUCCCAGUCAGCCUCCUCAGAAUGUGCGAGCCAGUUCUGUAACAUCUGACGAGGCAGUGAUCACGUGGGCGGAGCCUCCAAGGAUGACUCUGCAUGGCGUUUUGAAAGGAUACCGUGUUGUGUUUUGGGCUGUCUUCCCCGAUGGAGAGUGGGGUGAAAUGCAAAACAUCACAACCAUCAAGGAGCAAGUGGAGCUUAAAGGCCUGGAGAAGUUCACCAACUACAGCAUCCAGGUGCUGGCCUUCACCCAAGCAGGGGAUGGCGUCCGGAGCAACGUCUUAUAUAUCCAAACCCGUGAAGACUACCCCGGACCCCCAGCUGGCAUCAAAGCUGUGCCCUCCUCCGCCAGCAGUGUCGUGGUGUCAUGGUUACCCCCUCACAAGCCCAACGGAAUCAUCCGCAAGUACACCAUCUACUGCUCCAGCCCGGGCUCAGGUCAACCACUUCCAAGUGAAUAUGAAGCCAAUCCAGGGCACUUGUUUUACCGAAUCACCCACCUGAACCACCGGCAACAGUACCUGAUCUGGGCUGCUGCCGUCACCACUGCAGGCCGCGGUAACUUCAGUGAGAAAGUCACUGUGGAACCAGCCGCCAAGGCCCCGGCCAAAAUCCUAUCAUUUGGAGGCACAGUGACCACACCCUGGAUGAAAGAGGUGCGCCUGCCCUGCAGCUCAGUUGGAGAGCCCACACCUACCAUAAAAUGGACCAAAGACAGUGAGGACAAAGCGAUCCCAGUGUCUCUCGAUGGACAGCGCCUCAUCAUGGCCAACGGGACGCUGGUGCUGCGCUCCGUCAAAGCUGAGGACUCUGGUUACUACACCUGCACAGCCACCAACACAUUGGGCUUUGACACUAUUAUUGUCAAUCUUUUGGUGCAAGUCCCUCCAGACCAGCCUCGGCUAACCGUCUCCACCACCUCCACCUCCUCCAUUACUCUUGCCUGGAUACCGGGAGAUAACGGAGGCAGCUCCAUCAGGGGUUUUGUUCUGCAAUACUCUGUGGACAACACAGAAGAAUGGAAGGAUGUUUUUAUUAGUUCUAGUGAGCGCUCCUUCAAACUGGACAACCUGCGUUGUGGGACCUGGUACAAAGUCAAGUUGGCUGCCAAGAACAGCGUCGGUGCUGGACGCAUCAGUGAGAUCAUUGAGGCAAAGACUCAUGGGCGAGAACCCCAGUUCAACAAAGACCAACCUGUCUUCACUCACAUUAAUACCAGCCAUGCCCGCCUCAACCUGCAGGGCUGGGCCAGCGGAGGAUGUCCAAUCACUGCUGUCACACUGGAGUUUAGACCAAAAGGUACUUGGACGUGGCAGAGUGUGCGUACCAACGCCACCACAGAUGUGUUCCUAGCAGAACUGCGCGAGGCGACCUGGUAUGAAUUGAAGAUGAAAGCAUGUAAUAGUGCUGGCUGUGGUAACCAGACCUCCCAGUUUGCAACGCUGGACUAUGACGGCAGCACAAUCGCUCCCAUUAAGUCCCCCCUGGAAAAGAACGACGAUGUCAAGAAGCUGUUCUCCAUCGGCUGUCCUGUCAUCCUGGUCACUCUCGGUGUGGCAUUGCUCUUUAUUAUUCGCAAGAAACGCAAGGAAAAGAGGCUGAAGAGACUAAGAGAUGCCAAAAGCCUGGCAGAGAUGCUGAUCAGUAAAAACAACCGCAGCUUUGAGACGCCUGUCAAAGGACCUCCUCAAGGCCCACGGUUGCACAUCGACAUCCCCAGAGUGCAGCUGCUGAUUGAGGACAAAGAAGGCAUCAAGCAAAUUGGUGAUGACAAAGCUACGAUCCCUGUGACAGACACAGAGUUCAACCAAACUGGGAAUCCUCAGAGCUUCUGCACUGGUGUGUCUGUCCAUCACCCUGCCCUCAUCCAGAACACCGGUCCUUUGAUAGACAUGUCUGACAUCAGACCAGGAACCAACCCCGUGUCAAGGAAGAGUGUCAAGUCAGCCCACAGCAUCAGGAACCGCUACUCCAGUCAGUGGACUCUGACCAAGUGUCAGGCUUCCACGCCGGCCCGUACUCUCACUUCAGACUGGCGCACAGUCGGCUCCCAGCACGGCAUCACUGUCACAGAGAGUGACAGCUACAGUGCCAGCCUUUCACAAGACACAGAUAAAGGAAGAAACAGCAUGGUGUCCACAGAGAGCGCCUCCUCCACCUACGAGGAGCUGGCAAGAGCAUACGAACACGCCAAGCUGGAAGAACACCUGCAACAUGCCAAAUUUGAGAUUACAGAGUGCUUUAUUUCUGACAGUUCGUCUGAUCAGAUGACCACAGGUACCAAUGACAAUGCAGACAGCAUGACGUCGAUGAGCACGCCAUCAGAGCCUGGUAUCUGCCGUUUCACUGCCUCGCCACCCAAACCCCAAGACUAUGACCGUGGCAAGAAUGUAGCUGUGCCCAUCCCACAUCGCGCCAAGAGUGACUACUGCAACCUACCCCUAUAUAUGAAAUCAGAUCCCUUUUUCCGCAAGCGGUCAGAACAUCACGACCCAUGCCCAGUGGUUCCACCGCGCGAAGCUUCUGUUCGUGGCCUGGCCCAGCGGGCGUACCACACCCAGGGCCGUCAUGUGACUAUGGACUCUGCAAAGCAGCAGGCCCUGACCAUGGGCCACGCUGGCCUGUCCAACCUCACUUCUUCUGGGGCUUCCUCUGGAGGAGCAACGGGAGGUGGUAGCGGAGGGAGUGGAAGUGGAGGCAUGUCUGCUAGCUCCAGCAGCUCCACACUUCCACAGAGGACUCUCACCAUGCCUGGCUCCUCUGCUGCGGUGGCUCAGAGUGCAGCCGCAGCUGCAGCUGCCACUGCCGCGGCUGCAGCAUCUUCCUCCAGUGGGGGUGGGGCAACGGGGGCCACAGGGGGGACCCCUGGAGGUGCCUCUUGUUCUUCCUCCAAGAUGGGAGGAUCCAGAGACUCUCUCCUGGAGAGCAGCUCCUCGGGCUUAGGCAGACUACAGAAGCAGAGGGAUGGAGGGUCGGGGGCUUACUCCAAGUCCUACACGCUGGUGUAGCCUGCCAUCAUCGGGGCCUGUCACUGUAACUCUUAAUACAAUGCUGGUCGAUCCAGCGCUUGCCUGGAGCCUUCAUGGUAAAUUGGGGUGAGGAACAUUCACAUGCACAGCUUACCCGUCAGUGCCUGUGCUGUGCCAGGCUGCAGGGGGCUGGUUGGGUUCCCAAUGGCACUAUUGAUAGAAGGGGUCAAGUGUUGGGUCUCCACAGCACAGGGGUUUGCCUUUCUUUCUUUCUGCCUGAUUGCUUUUCGUUCUUAUUGUGCCGUUUAUCCCCUUCUUUUUUUUUUCCUCGCAUCGGAAAUCACUUGCUAAAUUUACAUUGUUUUUCUAUUCACUCCAAAUUUUCAUUUUCCAGCAAGGACACAGUACUUUAUAUGCACAAAAUGCUUUUCACGCGCACCGUCAUGUUUUCCAAAUCAGACAUAUAGAAUGAACCAGGUUGCUUGAGAUGUGUGUUAAGGUUUUUAGGUUUUCUUACUAUAUACUGUACGUUACUUCUCUGGUCUCUGAUGGAAAAUGAGCUCACAUCACGCAUUGUGCCAUGGCACGAAGCUUUUUACUGUAUGCAUAAACCACCAGCCUUGGUGUUACAUUGGCUCUGAGGGGUUAUGCCAUCAUGGAUUCAUACACAAGAUGCAGUCAAGGGACUGUUGACUCUGUAUCAGUUUUGAGGAGUCUUUUCGUAUACAUGCAAUGAAUGACACAGCAUCGUGGUCAUAACUGAUGCUUUUAUAGAGAGACUCAAAGCGGAGAAGAUAAAAAUGUCGAACAUCAUCAAGUGAAAUAAAAAUCCCGACUUCUUUUUCUUUUCUUUUUUUUAAAUUGUUUUCAGGUUAUUUUCAGAUGAUGGAAAUAUAAUCUCAUGUGCACUAAGAAAAAGUGGAUCCAAGUAAAAGAAAACUUCACAAGCCUGCGUGUGCGAGCGUGUGUGUGGGUGUAUAUGUGUAAAUAUAUAUGUAUACAUGUGGCAGGCACACACACCAACGAUGGACCUUUUUAAAGUCAAUCUGUACGCUGACCUGUCGGGCAGAUGUCUGUGUCAAAGCAGAAGCCCCCUCGUCAUUGUUUAAUUUUUACCUGUGAAAGGGGAUAUGGAACCACGAUGAUGAUGAUGAUGAUGAUGAUGAUGAUGAUGAUGAUGAUGAUGAACGAUAUGACUAACUUGCUUAAGAAGAAGAGGGGAUCACAAGAAUGCAGCUGCAGAUGAUAAGAAACAGGUUUGCUUUUCUAGCCAGAGGAAAGAAGAGAUGUAUUUGUGGUUCAUCACAAUGCCACAGUUCAAAAGAUCCAAUAAUUCUACCUGCACCUGCUUUAUCCCUGUCCUUUCCCCACCCGGUCCCUGAUCACAUCCGUACAGUGUCACUGUGACCUGCUAGCAUACCGGCUAGUGAAAGACAGACAGACAGACAGACAGACUGAAAGAAGAGGUCUAAUAUGCGAUGGUGAGAAAAGAAAUGCUUCUUGUAUUUCAGUGGGAAGCAAUCUGCGAGCAUUCACUCACUUUCAGUAACCUGCUUCAUCCAGUUCAGGGGGAUUGUGGAGGCUGCAGCCUAUCCCAGCUGGAAUCAAGCGAGAAGGUUGCCAGUUCAUCACAGGGCAAUUGCAAACAUUCAACUGUUUUUUUGUUGAUUUUUUCUUUUUUCUUUUUUUUUUUAGAAUAUUGGAAGAAAAGGUGUAUUUGUGUGAUCUUGAAUCUAUGGAUAGACACUGAGAUUACUGUUGGUGCGAUCAAGUGUUGAUAGACGUUCAAGAUGAAUAGCGGAGAGAUAUAGGUUUUCUUCAGAAAUAAGUGGUAUUGAAAACUAAAAGAACUCUUUUCAAGUCCCUCCAGCUUUCUGAAAUUAAUUUAAGCUUUAUGCAUGGUACUGUAUCUGUUGAUUAAUUAUUAUUAUUAUUUACGUUUUUCCCAUUUCUCGUCCCAAAGCUUAGUCCCAUAACAAAAGAUCGUUCCAAAAGAGUUGCUCCAAAAGUUUUGCAAUGGUAAAACGUAACAUCAGGGCUCUCGCAAUAGAAAAAAAAAGAUAUAAUAUAUCUUUGUUCUCAAAAUAUAUGUACAUAUAUAUUUCUAUUCAAAUAUAUAGCAUAUAUAUGAAUAUUAAAAAAAGCAGAGAAAUAUAAAAGCUGUUCUAAUUGAAAAUAUAUAUAAAAGAUCACAAGACAAUCGCUGAGAGUGAAGAAUCACAAGAUGGAAAGAAAAUGUAUGAAAAAGGGAAACUUAAACGGGUAGCACAACCGUGGAUGGAAGAUCUUAGAGAGAAAAGAUGUGGUGUGAAAUAAAGUUACUGUUAAUGGUGAAACUGAGGUUAGAGGAAUGAGACAUGGACCCCCGCCAUCCUCCACCUUGUGAUUUUGUAAAGGACAAGCACAGUAAAGUGAAACUAUAGUGUGAGAUUGUGUUGCUGAUUAACUGUGGUCUACGGCUCAGUGCAGAACGUGUGGUGUUGAAAAAGAAAAAUGUAAAACAAGGACAGCCUUUACAGUAAUUGAGCCUCUUUUGGUAUGCUGUAUUUUACCUUCCAUAGGUGUGUUCACAGACUCAGUGCCAUUAUCCAACUCCAACAUAAACAAACCAGCACGUAUUUCUGUUUCUUACCUGUCUUGUUGUAAGUCCUCCCCAAAGUGUGGGACUGAAGGCUAGUGAACGCAGAUGACGAUUCAUGCUCCCUUUUCUUUUAAAAUGACAUGUUGGAGACGUGUAUUUUCACUUCACCUUUAUUUGUGGUUAUGAUUCCCAUCAGUCUGGCCUUUAUGUUAAAAGUUAUGCAAACACAGAAAGGUCUAGGCCUUUUUUCACAUCCAAAAACGUGACAUCUCCACAUGUAUGGAUAUCGAUUGGAUUGAUGAAAUAAACUCUUAACCAACCUGCUUUUUUACCCAGUCGUUUAGUGAGGUUGAUAACAGAUUUCUUCUCAGUUUGCUCAAAGUAAAUGUUUAAAGAAAAUUCCACCCUGGUUUCUGAGGUAACCAGCAAUGUUUUCAGAGUAAAUGAAGGAUAUUUGGUAUAUAUUGUAUACUUCACUGCUUUUAAUUUUAACGUGUCUUUUAGGAAGUACACAGACCAGCAGAAGUACUUUAUUGAGUGUUAUGUUACUAAGACCAGGCUAUGAUCACCUGAUGAACAUAAAUCUAGCACUGGCGUGUUGCAUUACUGAUGCAGUUUACAUUAAGGGUUUGUUUUUUUCCCCGUUUUUUUGGAUCGGCUUGAAUUUU